GCUGUGCGUAUUGUGCGUGUUGUAACGUGUUUCGUGCAUGUCCAUAUUUCUCGAUCAUUCUUCGCGUGUAUUCCUCGCGUGUGUUAUUACGUAUGUUCACAUUUCUGAACGUUUCGUCAUUCUGCAUAUUAAAUAUUGUGUUGUGAUGGAUAAUUAUUCGAAGGAAUUGUUAAAAUCUUGGGAUUUAGACAUUCUCAUCAAACAUUUCGAAGAAAAUUGCAUUGAUAAAGAUUCCAUAGCAAAUUUGACAUCAGAUUUAAUUAAAGAAUUAAUUCCGCAAAUUAGCCUUAGAAUUAAAUUUAGUAAAAAAUGGCAAGAACAUUUUAAUAAAGUUGAAGAUGUAACAAAUAAACAAAAUGAGGAUACUAAUUUAAAUACUACGCAUAGUAUAUAUACUUCAUCUGAUGAAGAGAUCAAUAAUGAAGGAGAUAAUAAAGAAAAUUUUGUUAAUAAAAAAAAUUGUUCCAUUGGAUCUUCAGUAUUUAGAAAAUUGCAGCGACCAUCUGUUAAAAAUAUUUUAAAGUUGACUGCACAAGGUCGUGCUAUUUUAAAAUCAUAUGAAAGGCGUAAAACAUUAAGCAGAAAAUGCCGAAGUACUAUUGUAGAUCUCAUUUUAUCUGAAAUUUUAAAUAAAAUUCAUGGGCCACUGAAAAAUGAAGAUUUUGAUUCGUUAUCUAAGGAGAUUGAAGAACUGUUUCCAACGGAAACAUGUAGCACUUACUACGUUCCACCUAUAGCUAAAAAGUAUUCAAGAAAUAAUAAAUCAAUAACAUCUCGUGAUAAACUUGUUGACAAAUAUAGAAAUAAAAUACGGGACUAUAGGAAACUAACAGGAUAUAGUUUAACAGAAUGUAGUUCCACAUCAACUUCAACACCAUAUAACAGUGAAUUAGAAGAUGACUCUACAAUUCGUGAAAGCAUAUUAUGGCUUCAGAAUAAUUUGUCACCAUGGCAAUUAGUUGAAAAUCAUUGGAAAGCAACUUUAGCAUAUAGACGGGAAUCAAAUUCAAACGUCUCAAAAUAAAAACAUAGCUAAAAUUUUCUCUCAGUGGCCAGUUUUAAAGCAUCCUACAGCAUAUACUUUGAUCGAUAAAGAUUUUACAUUUCUUAAUUUAACAUCAGAGGAUUGUAUAAAUAAUUGGUUUCAGUUUUUUUCUAAGAUUCAAGAAGUUUGUCCUUUUAAAGAUGAUAAAGUAAUAAAUGAGUUACGUUCUGUGAUUGAAAUAGAUAAUGUAAAAGAUGAUGCUAAAGUUAUAGUACAAAUUCUAUUAUUGCCUCAUCUGAUACCUCCCAAAGGAAGAAUUCGCUUAAAACAAGAACAUUACAAAUCAUCUAUAAGUGAAUGUAAAAACAGCAUUGUAUUACAUGCAAAGAUACCUGGAGAUAUAAGUCGCAUUCAAGAUGAUAAAGUAAAAAAAGCACAACGUCUAGGAUUGACAAUACAGCCAUACAUAAUAGUUGUUGGUGUUACUCUCGCAGAAAUUAAUG